CUCCCGCCGCCACUCUUUAGUUGCCGGAGUUCAUUUGAGAACGGAAGUGAGAUUUCGGCCGCCGGUGCGGGUCGCGUCAUCAUAAAAUGGCGGACUGAGACCAAAGCAAGGAAGCUGUGUCUCAAUACCCAAAAUGCAGUAUUCCCAUCACUGUGAGCACCUACUGGAGAGACUGAACAAACAGCGAGAGGUGGGCUUCCUUUGUGACUGCACCAUCGUUAUUGGUGAAUGCCAGUUUAAAGCUCACCGAAAUGUUCUGGCUUCCUUUAGCGAGUACUUUGGGGCUUUUUACAGGGAUACUUCGGAGAGUAACAUAUUUUUGGAUCAGAAUCAAGUGAAGGCUGAUGGAUUUCAGAAACUUCUGGAGUUCAUAUAUACAGGAGAUUUAAACCUUGACAGCUGGAAUGUUAAAGAAAUACAUCAGGCUGCCGACUAUCUCAAAGUGGAAGAGGUGGUUACUAAAUGUAAAAUAAAGAUGGAAGAUUUUGCUUUUAUUGCUAAUCCCUCUUCUACAGAAAUCUCUAGUAUCACUGGGAAUAUUGCAUUGAACCAGCAGACUUGCCUGCUAACCCUUCGUGACUAUAACAGCCAAGAGAGAUUGGAUGCCUCUUCAGUGGACACAGUGCAGUCCCCAGUCUUAAUAGCAACCACAGGGGAAAAAUCUGUUCAAACCAAAAAGCGAAAGAAGGCCUUCAGCUCUCCCAAAAACCUGCCAAACAAGCCAGCACAAUAUCCAAGUGAUGCUGUGGAGAACUCUGCAGUGGAGAUGUUUUUAGAUGCAAAUAAGCUCGCCACAGAGAUCACGGAGCAAGCUGCCCAAGGUGGGGAUAAUUCUGAGCUGCAGCUUACACCUGUGGUGGAGAGUGAAACCUUUGCUGCACAGGAGAUCCUUGUCCAGACGAUGACUAUGAAGUCCAAACGGGGUAAAGCGCAGCAGGAUUGUGCUUUGAAGGAGCACUGCUUGUCCAACAUCACCAGUGACAAGAACUCUUACCAGCUGGAAAGCUCGGGAGAGGAACUGGAUCCGAAAUACCCUAAGGCCAAGCCAGUGUGUAACACCUGUGGCAAGGUGUUUUCCGAAGCUAGCAGUCUGAGGCGGCACAUGAGGAUCCACAAAGGAGUCAAACCGUACGUGUGCCAGCUCUGUGGGAAGGCCUUUACGCAGUGCAACCAGCUGAAAACACAUGUAAGAACCCAUACAGGUGAAAAGCCAUACAAAUGUGGACUGUGCGACAAAGGCUUUGCUCAAAAAUGCCAGCUGGUUUUCCACAGCCGCAUGCAUCACGGGGAGGAGAAACCGUACAAGUGUGAUGCCUGCAACCUGCAGUUUGCAACCUCUAGCAAUCUGAAGAUUCAUGCCAGGAAGCACAGUGGAGAAAAGCCAUAUGUCUGCGAUAGAUGUGGGCAGCGAUUUGCACAGGCAAGCACACUGACAUAUCAUGUGCGGCGACAUACAGGAGAAAAGCCGUAUGUCUGUGACACCUGUGGGAAAGCCUUUGCAGUCUCGAGUUCACUCAUCACUCAUUCAAGAAAGCAUACAGGAGAGAAACCUUAUAUAUGUGGAAUUUGUAGCAAAAGCUUCAUUUCUUCAGGAGAGCUCAGCAAGCAUUUUCGGUCCCAUACAGGUGAAAGACCAUUUAUCUGUGAGCUGUGUGGAAACUCCUACACAGAUAUAAAAAACCUAAAGAAACACAAAGCAAAGGUUCAUGCAGGUUCUGAGAACCCCCUGGAUCCCAUCACACUUGACCAUUCCUUCAAUGAUCAAGACUCCAUUCCAAAUGAGAAAAGCCCUUUGCUGGAAUCUGCUGAUGUGAAGCCUUCAGAUAUAGCAUUACCUCUCCCCUUUGGAACAGAGGACCAUCAAGUUCUGUUGCCUGUCACAGAUAGCCAGUCACCCCAGUCAGACACACUUCUGAGGUCUACCAUUACUGGCUAUUCAGAACCUCAGUUUAUUUUCCUCCAGCAGUUGUAUUGACAUCCUGCACAUGAUGAAAACUCGCAGAAAACUUUGGCCACGAGAGCUUCUUUGGUAAAGAGAACGUAAUCAUGCAAGUUAUCGAGCUGGACUUCAUAUGGGUUUCAAAUAGGGACAUUUGAAAACGCACCUGUUUUUCUUCCUUAUAUUUUGGUAGCCAUUCUUUUUGUCAUGUAACAAAAUCAGGAUAGAAUUAUUGUAUUUCUAGAAGAUAGAUACGUCCUUUUUUCUUUAGUAACACAUGCCUUAAGAAUUCUCAGCCAGUUCAUGCUGGAGGUCUCCUUCAUUGUUCAUGCAGAAGCUAAUUCUAUGUAGCCAAGAUGUUCUAUCCGUGUUGUCCCCCCUUCACCACCAUUGGCUUUCUUCAAAGUGAAAAUUGCAGAUGUGCAUGAUUUCUCUAUUUUGCGUAGAUUUUGGUUCUGCUAGUGAUGAGGAAGGGCCAGAAACUAUAUGCGAGCAUUAAAACUGUGUCCCAAUGCCCGGAAAUCUUUAGUAAAUUGCCUUUGGAUAUUUUUGUAGCUGUUGCCCCCUACACAGUUUUGAAUGUAUUUUAAUAGCUAUAAGGAUUUUAAACUUUUUAUUUACAACAAGAAAUGAAAGUUGAGAUUCUCAGGAAGCUAGAUUCUGUACCCAGCACCAUAUUUUGAUCCUUUCUCACACCCCUCAGCAGAUCUGCAGCAAACGCACAACCUUCUGAGUAUGCAGCUGUUUUAUACAGGGAUUCGGAUUCCUGUAGUUAUGAUCAAUGUUGGGUUAGUUUUCUGUUGAAUGAUUUUUA